AUGUCUGUACCAAACUUCAGUGAUAUGGAACCACGAGUAUACAGCUUUGAAGAUACUCUAAUGUAACCUGAGUCAUCUACUCACUUAGAUCAAACAAAUUGGGGUUUAAAGCAAGAGAAUCUUGGCGUUUAAGCAGAGAAUGUUCAACAGACCCUUAGAUGGGCUUGUCAUCAGGAAGGGACCAGAGGAUCAUUGAGCUUACGCAGUAGUUCUAUUACCUUGAUUGAACCACAAUACUAGCACAAUGACUUUAUACUGCUACCUUUUAACUUGGAUUUUGAUAAUCCAGAGGAAGAGUCGGUGUUUAAGUAAUAAAAUUAUUCUUUGUUCAAACUGUCUGAACAAUGGGACCAGUAUUUACUAUGUGAUUAAGAUAACCUCUUAAAUGAAGGAUAACUGGUCAAAGAAUCAUCUACCGAUAACAUGCCACUACUACACUCAUUAAACCACGAGAUAACGGGUGUUUAUGAUGAAAUGUCGGACCAGGAAGAAAAUUCCAUAUAAUAAAUAAAUAUUUCGUAAAAAGGCUAGAAAUCAAUGAUAUUUGUCAAGGCAAGAAGACAGCUAAAAGGAAUAAAAUAUUAGAUUGGAAAAAUCAAGAGAAGAGAUAUAUUAGUCAAAGCAACAUUAAGAAAGAUAAGAAAAUUUUUCCUUGCUAAGUUUAAUCAAGCCACGAAUUAUAUUAAGGAAAAGAAAAAGAAGUCUGAGGGUUUCCUCAUCGAAAAAUUAGAAUAUUUCUUAAAAAAUUUUCUCAUUAAGAACGACGAAAUAUAUAAUAUCAGCUCAUAAUAACUCGAAUAAACUUAUAAGCAAGACCUUAUCAUAUUCAUGGGAUCUAUACUCUACCAUAAUACAAUGAUUAGAAUCUAUGCCAAUGACAAUGAGGCACUAGAGAAAAUAAAUAGGAUUCACCAGAUAACCUACGUGUAUUCAACUAAACUCUUAGAAGAACUGCUCAAUGAGCCUUCUUUCAGAGAUAUAAUUAGCCUAUUCAAUUCCAUUUACCGAAGCUAAAGUGACAGUUUAAUGGACAAGUUGACAAGAAGCGACCCUAAAUUUGAGUAUGGAAUAGACUACUUGAUGUGCUUAAUGAAUGAACAAGAGUAAAUGGAAGAAUGA